UUUUUAAUUUUCAGUAUCUUCUCUCUGGCAUUUCUUGCUAUUGUCCUUUGCAUUUCCUGCUUCGUACUCAAAGCAUCCCGUUAUUCGCUUUUGGGGCUUCGCUAUCUCACUCCCUACUUUGUUUGAAAGCUCACGCUUACAGAUAUCUCUCGCGCUCUCUCUAUCUUAAUCUCAAAUCACCCACGAAUCAGAUGGCCAUGCAGGAAGGAAGUCCUGCCAAUAUUCAUACUCCUAGUGCUCAAGUUGUUGGAAAUGCUUUCGUGGAGCAGUAUUACCAUAUCCUUCACCAAUCACCAAAUCUGGUGCAUAGAUUUUAUCAAGAUUCAAGUCACUUAAGUCGGCCUGAUAUGUACGGCAACAUGACUACAGUAACAACAAUGCAAGCAAUUAAUGAGAAGGUGCUAUCGCUGAAUUACGAGGACUAUGCAGCAGAGAUAAAAACUGUGGAUGCUCAGGACUCUUUUGAGAAAGGGGUCAUUGUAGUGGUAACUGGAUGCUUUACGGGGAAGGACAAUAUUAGAAAGAAAUUCACUCAAACCUUCUUUCUAGCUCCACAAGACAAAGGCUACUUUGUCUUGAAUGACAUUUUCAGGUACAUUGAAGACACGGAGUUGCAAAACACUGUUCCGGUUAAUGGUGUCAGUGAACAGGGUUCAAUAUCUGCCCUGAAACCUGAACCAGGGCCCUCUCAUGACCAUCUUGUGGAGGAUCCAUUAGCUAAUCCGGAAGAGGAAGAUAUUAAUAAUGGUGCUGAAGUUUGUGACCCUUCAGAUGAGGAGGAAGGAUCGGUAAUUGAAGAGGAGGUUGUUGUACCCCAAAACAUUGCCAGUCAGAAUGAGAGUGUUGUGGCUGAUGAUUCAGCUCCUGCGGUUCUAGAAGAUGCUCCAAAGAAAUCUUAUGCUUCAAUUGUCAAAGUGAUGAAAGGUAGUGCAUCAUCUACCCCUGUCCAUGUAACUACCAGAAAUGUGAGGGCUGCACCUGCAGAGCAACAGUCAACCGUUUCUGCAAAACCUGCUCCAACAACACCAUUGGUGGCUGUUCCUAAUAGUGAUAAUGCAGUUGAAAGUAGCAAUGAGAACGAGGAAGCUGAAGGACACUCCAUAUAUGUGCGGAAUUUGCCUUACAAUGCAACACCUGCACAACUUGAGGAGGCUUUCAAAAAAUUUGGGCCCAUUAAGCACAAUGGCAUCCAAGUCAGAAGUAAUAAGCAGGGAUUUACUUUUGGUUUUGUUGAAUUUGAGACUCCGAGUUCAGUGCAGAGUGCACUCGAGGCCUCGCCGAUUACAAUUGGGGAUAAUCAAGCCGUUGUGGAAGAAAAGAGGACAAGUACCCAAGUUGUUAGCAGUGGAAGAGGUAGGUAUGCAUCAGGUAAAGGUGCCUUUCGGAGUGACAGUUUCCGUGGUCGAGGGAACUUCGGCAGUGGCCGAGGAGGAGGCUAUGGCAGCCGCAGGAAUGAAUUCAGAAACCAGGGUGAGUUUUCGGGUCGACCCAAAGGUCCAGGUGGAUGGAACGGAGACAGUUAUCAACGGGCUAAUCAGAACGGAAGGGGUGGCCGUCAAGGUGGGGUCCCAAAACCCUGAUUUUAUAUGUUUUCAGACAUUAGCUGAGAAAGUGACCAGAUUUUUUUGACAGUAUAAACAACGAUUAGGAGCUAAAGAUUCAAAGUUUUUUAUCUUCACAAAUUUCAUCGGUUAUGAAUGAGUUAAAUAUUUUUUAUAUUCCUUGAUA